CAGUGCGGGGGGGAGGAAGGCGAGGGCGACCAGAAGCGCAGCCUGCCCUGCCGCCGCGCGCCCCCCACCCCACCCCCGCCCCGGCCGCCGGGCACCCCCUCCCUGGGCCCGCGUCGGAGGCAGCCGGCGUGUGCCUGGGGCAGCGGGUCACUAGGCUCCGCCCCCGGCCGCCCGGCCCCGGGGGACGCACUUUGUUCAGGAUGCCGCCUCCCCGCUCAUUGUGGGGCCGGGGCCGGCGGCGGCCCUAGUGCGAGCGCGCGGCGGACGCCGACCCCGCGAGCGAGGGCGGGAGGCGGCCCGGGGACCCGGGAGAAACUUUCUUAUCGCGAGGAGAGCGCGCCCGGCCCGGCGCUGCGCUGGGGAUGCGCGACUCUGCGCGGCGGCGGCGGCGGCGGCGCGGACCGGGACCCGGAGCUGGAGCCGGAGAGGGCAGGCGCGCCGGACUGUAGUCCUCAUUGCCACCUUGCCAACCAUGAAUGGGACAGCCAAUGUGAACUCGGCCAGCCGGCCCCACUAUGCCUCCUCCAUCCCGGUGCCUCGAGCUGCUUCUCAGACCAGGAUUCAUACACCGGGUGCCUCUCCCCAGCUGCGGCCACGCCAGGCCGGCCUGGCCCUGAGCCCCCAGCGUUCAGCCUCCCCGAGACUGGGGCGAGCAGGAGGCCCUUCCAGAAGCUCCUCUCCUAAGACCUCGCGGGGGAGAGGCUCCCCCAAGGCUUCUGGGGCAGGGAGAGAGUCAGCUGAGGGUAGUGAAGGCCUUUCCAGCUCCCCAUGGAGCAGCCCCAGGGCAACCCCAAAAGCUGCCCUCUCCAACCGGGCUGGGUCCAGAAGAAUCGGGGAGGCACAAGGCACCCAGGGAAAGAAGAAGGUGGCUCAGGAAGGGAUUCCGGUCCGCCAGUCCCGGGGCAGGAGCCCACCCCAAAUGAGCUCUCGUGGAGAAACUCAAAUACCAGGGGCUCCUGAAGGCCGAAAACCUCCUAACUACCCAGGAAAGGAUCAAAGAGAUACAAACUACAAAAGUUCAGGGGUCUCGAAGUCUUUGGAGCCUGAUGCCGGGGCAGUGUCAGGGGCCUCUUCCCCGGUGUGCAGCCCUGUGCAGAGCAAGCGCCCCUCUCCCACCCCAGGGGCUAUCAGCUUCACCUCGGUCCAUCAGCAGAGUCAGCCAGUCACAGCUACAGUAGCCCCCUUCCAGUACAGGCUUCAGACAGACCAGGAACCUGGCCCCCUCCCCCAGGCUAGCUGGACCCUUGAUGGCUACUCUGGCCCCCCUGGUGGGACUGAGGAGAGCUUCUUCUGCACAGACGCGCGGAUCGUCCAUGCGCUCCUCGCGGGCAGAAUGCUGGGCAGCAGCGUCAAGAGCGUGCAGCCCGAGGUGGAGCUGAGCGGCGGCGGCGGCGGGGACGAGGGCGCGGACGAGCCUCGGGGCGCCGGUAGGAAGGCUGCAGCGGCGGACGGCAGAGGCAUGCUGCCCAAACGCGCCAAGGCGCCCGGCGGCGGUGGAGGCAUGGCCAAGGCCAGUGCGGCCGAGCUGAAGGUCUUCAAGUCCGGCAGCGUGGACAGCCGAGUCCCCGGCGGGCCGCCCACCUCCAACCUGCGCAAGCAGAAGUCGCUCACCAACCUCUCGUUCCUCACCGACUCGGAGAAAAAGCUGCAGCUCUAUGAGCCCGAGUGGAGCGACGAUAUGGCCAAGGCGCCCAAGGGCUUGGGCAAGGCGGGGUCCAAAGGCCGCGACGCUCCGCUUAUGUCCAAGACGCUGUCCAAGUCGGAGCACUCGCUCUUCCAGGCAAAGGGCAGCCCGGCGGGCGGCGCCAAGACCCCCCUGGCUCCCCUCGCGCCCAGCCUGGGAAAGCCGAGCAGGAUACCGCGCGGCCCCUACGCCGAGGUCAAGCCGCUCAGCAAGGCUCCUGAGGCGGCCGUGAGCGACGACGGCAAGUCGGACGACGAGCUGCUCUCCAGCAAGGCCAAGGCGCAAAAGGGGUCCGGGCCCGUGCCCUCCGCCAAGGGCCAGGAGGAGCGCGCCUUCCUCAAGGUGGACCCCGAGCUUGUGGUGACCGUGCUGGGAGACCUGGAGCAGCUGCUCUUCAGCCAGAUGCUGGACCCAGAGUCCCAGAGAAAGAGGACAGUGCAGAAUGUCCUGGAUCUUCGCCAGAACCUGGAAGAGACCAUGUCCAGCCUGCGAGGGUCCCAGGUGACUCACAGCUCCCUGGAGAUGACCUGCUACGACAGUGAUGACGCCAACCCUCGCAGCGUGUCCAGCCUCUCCAGCCGCUCGUCCCCUCUGUCCUGGCGCUACGGCCAGUCCAGCCCGCGGCUGCAGGCUGGGGACGCGCCGUCGGUGGGCGGGGGCUGCCGCUCCGAGGGGCCACCCGCCUGGUACAUGCACGGCGAGAGGGCCCACUAUUCACACACCAUGCCCAUGCGCAGCCCGAGCAAGCUCAGCCACAUCUCCCGCCUGGAGCUGGUCGAGUCUCUGGACUCGGACGAGGUGGACCUCAAGUCCGGCUACAUGAGCGACAGCGACCUCAUGGGCAAGACCAUGACAGAGGAUGACGACAUCACUACCGGCUGGGAUGAAAGCAGCUCCAUCAGCAGUGGGCUCAGUGAUGCCUCGGACAACCUCAGCUCAGAAGAGUUCAAUGCCAGCUCCUCCCUCAACUCUCUCCCAACUACUCCCACUGCUUCUCGCAGGAACUCUACAAUAGUGCUCCGCACAGACUCAGAGAAGCGCUCGCUGGCAGAAAGUGGGCUGAGCUGGUUUAGUGAAUCAGAGGAGAAGGCCCCCAAAAAGCUGGAGUACGACAGUGGCAGCCUGAAGAUGGAACCUGGGACUUCUAAGUGGCGGAGGGAGCGGCCCGAAAGCUGUGAUGAUUCAUCCAAGGUUGGAGAGCUGAAAAAGCCUGUCAGCCUGGGACACCCUGGUUCCCUGAAGAAAGGCAAGACCCCACCAGUGGCUGUCACUUCCCCCAUCACUCACACAGCCCAGAGUGCCCUCAAAGUUGCAGGCAAACCGGAAGGCAAAGCUACGGACAAGGGAAAACUUGCUGUGAAGAACACUGGGCUACAGCGCUCCUCUUCUGACGCCGGCCGGGAUCGCCUGAGUGAUGCUAAGAAGCCUCCUUCGGGCAUUGCUCGCCCCUCCACUUCGGGAUCUUUUGGCUACAAGAAGCCUCCUCCUGCCACGGGCACCGCCACUGUCAUGCAGACUGGUGGUUCAGCCACUCUCAGUAAGAUCCAGAAGUCCUCAGGAAUCCCUGUCAAGCCCGUGAAUGGACGCAAGACUAGCCUAGAUGUGUCCAACAGUGCAGAGCCUGGAUUCCUGGCUCCUGGCGCCCGUUCCAACAUCCAGUACCGAAGCCUGCCCCGGCCAGCCAAGUCCAGUUCUAUGAGCGUGACCGGUGGGCGGGGCGGACCUCGCCCUGUUAGCAGCAGCAUUGACCCUAGCCUCCUUAGCACCAAGCAGGGGGGCCUUACACCCUCCAGACUGAAGGAGCCUUCCAAGGUGGCCAGUGGGCGGACCACUCCAGCCCCUGUCAAUCAGACAGAUCGGGAAAAGGAGAAGGCCAAAGCCAAGGCAGUGGCCUUGGACUCGGACAAUAUCUCCCUGAAGAGUAUUGGCUCCCCAGAGAGUACUCCUAAGAACCAAGCCAGCCACCCCCCAGCCACCAAGAUGGCAGAGCUGCCACCAACCCCUCUCAGGGCCACAGCUAAGAGCUUUGUCAAGCCACCCUCACUAGCCAACCUAGACAAGGUCAACUCCAACAGUCUGGACCUGCCAUCAUCGAGUGAUGCCCACGCUUCGAAGGUCCCAGAUCUGCAUCCUGCGAGCUCGGCAACCGGGAGCCCUCUCCCUUCUUGCUUCACCCCUAGUCCAGCACCCAUUCUCAAUAUUAACUCAGCCAGCUUCUCCCAGGGCCUGGAGCUAAUGAGUGGUUUCAGUGUCCCCAAAGAGACCCGCAUGUACUCUAAACUCUCAGGCCUGCACAGGAGCAUGGAGUCCCUCCAGAUGCCAAUGAGCCUGCCCAGUGCCUUCCCCAGCAGCACCCCUGUUCCCACCCCUCCAGCCCCCCCUGCUGCACCCCCAGAGGAAGAGACAGAAGAGUUGACCUGGAGCGGCAGCCCCAGAACUGGGCAAUUGGACAGUAAUCAGCGGGAUCGGAACAAGAAAGGGCUCAGGUACCAGCUUCAGUCCCAGGAGGAGACCAAGGAGAGGCGACACUCCCACACCAUUGGUGGGCUGCCCGAAUCCGACGACCAGUCAGAGCUGCCUUCCCCCCCUGCACUCUCCAUGUCCUUGAGUGCAAAGGGCCAGCUUACCAACAUAGUGAGUCCCACUGCGGCCACCACGCCAAGAAUCACCCGCUCCAACAGCAUCCCCACCCACGAGGCGGCCUUCGAGCUGUACAGCGGCUCCCAAAUGGGGAGCACCCUGUCCCUGGCCGAGAGACCCAAGGGGAUGAUUCGGUCAGGAUCCUUCCGAGACCCCACGGACGACGUUCAUGGCUCAGUGCUGUCCCUGGCCUCCAGUGCCUCCUCCACUUACUCCUCACAAAUCCGGAAGCUUCGCAGGGAGCUGGAAUCAUCCCAGGAAAAAGUGGCCACCCUGACAUCUCAACUUUCUGCCAAUGCUAAUCUAGUGGCAGCUUUCGAGCAGAGCCUGGUGAAUAUGACAUCCCGCCUCCGACACCUGGCAGAGACAGCAGAGGAGAAGGACACUGAGCUGCUGGAUUUACGAGAAACCAUAGACUUUCUGAAGAAAAAGAACUCUGAAGCACAGGCAGUCAUUCAGGGAGCCCUUAAUGCCUCAGAAACCACACCCAAAGAACUUCGGAUCAAGAGGCAGAACUCCUCAGAUAGCAUCUCGAGCCUCAACAGCAUCACCAGCCAUUCCAGCAUUGGCAGCGGCAAGGAUGCUGACGCAAAAAAGAAGAAGAAAAAGAGCUGGGUCUAUGAGCUUCGAAGUUCCUUCAACAAAGCCUUCAGCAUAAAAAAGGGACCCAAGUCAGCUUCCUCAUACUCUGAUAUUGAGGAGAUUGCCACACCCGACUCCUCUGCCCCCUCAUCCCCCAAACUACAGCACAGCUCCACAGAGACUGCUUCGCCCUCCAUCAAGUCCUCCAACUCCUCUUCUGUGGGCAUUGAAGUCACUGAGGGCCCCGCUCACCCGGUCCCCCAUGCUAGGCUGUUCCACGGCAAUGAGGAAGAGGAGCCAGAGAAGAAGGAGGUAUCAGAGCUGCGCUCCGAACUGUGGGAGAAAGAGAUGAAGCUCACAGACAUCCGCUUGGAAGCCCUCAACUCUGCCCAUCAGCUGGACCAACUCCGAGAGACGAUGCACAACAUGCAGUUGGAGGUGGACCUGCUGAAAGCAGAGAAUGACCGGCUGAAGGUAGCCCCAGGCCCCUCAUCAGGCUCCACGCCAGGGCAGGUCCCUGGGUCAUCUGCUUUAUCAUCCCCUCGCCGCUCCCUGGGCCUCGCCCUCACACAUUCCUUCAGCCCGGGCCUCACAGACACAGACCUGUCACCCAUGGAUGGCAUCAGCACUUGUGGUCCAAAGGAGGAAGUGACCCUUCGGGUGGUUGUGAGGAUGCCCCCCCAGCACAUCAUCAAAGGGGACUUGAAGCAACAGGAAUUCUUCCUGGGGUGUAGCAAGGUCAGUGGAAAAGUUGACUGGAAGAUGCUGGAUGAAGCUGUUUUCCAAGUGUUCAAGGACUAUAUUUCUAAGAUGGACCCAGCCUCUACCCUGGGACUGAGCACCGAGUCCAUCCAUGGCUAUAGCAUCAGCCAUGUGAAGCGAGUAUUGGAUGCAGAGCCCCCGGAGAUGCCUCCCUGCCGCCGGGGCGUCAACAACAUAUCAGUCUCCCUCAAAGGUCUGAAGGAGAAGUGCGUCGACAGCUUGGUGUUUGAGACACUGGUCCCCAAGCCGAUGAUGCAGCACUACAUCAGCCUCCUGCUCAAGCACCGGCGCCUUGUCCUCUCGGGCCCCAGCGGCACAGGCAAGACCUACCUGACCAACCGUCUGGCUGAGUACUUGGUGGAACGUUCCGGCCGCGAGGUCACCGAGGGCAUCGUCAGCACCUUCAACAUGCACCAACAGUCUUGCAAGGAUCUGCAACUGUAUCUCUCCAACCUGGCCAACCAAAUAGACCGGGAGACGGGAAUUGGGGAUGUCCCCCUGGUGAUCCUGUUGGAUGACCUGAGUGAAGCAGGCUCCAUCAGUGAGCUGGUCAAUGGGGCUCUCACUUGCAAGUACCACAAAUGUCCUUAUAUUAUAGGUACCACCAAUCAGCCUGUAAAAAUGACACCCAAUCAUGGUUUGCACUUGAGCUUCAGGAUGCUGACCUUCUCCAACAACGUAGAGCCAGCCAAUGGCUUCCUGGUCCGUUACCUGAGGAGGAAGCUGGUAGAGUCAGACAGUGACAUCAAUGCCAACAAGGAAGAGCUGCUUCGGGUGCUUGACUGGGUACCCAAGCUGUGGUAUCAUCUCCACACCUUCCUUGAGAAGCACAGCACCUCAGACUUCCUCAUCGGCCCUUGCUUCUUUCUGUCCUGUCCCAUUGGCAUUGAAGACUUCCGGACCUGGUUCAUUGACCUGUGGAACAAUUCUAUCAUUCCUUAUCUACAGGAAGGAGCGAAGGAUGGGAUCAAGGUCCAUGGACAGAAAGCCGCUUGGGAGGACCCUGUGGAGUGGGUCCGGGACACUCUUCCCUGGCCAUCAGCCCAACAAGACCAAUCGAAGCUGUACCACCUGCCUCCGCCUACCGUGGGUCCUCACAGCAUUGCCUCACCCCCCGAGGAUAGGACAGUCAAAGAUAGUACCCCAAGUUCUCUGGACUCGGACCCUCUGAUGGCCAUGCUGCUGAAGCUUCAAGAAGCUGCCAAUUACAUUGAGUCUCCAGAUCGAGAAACCAUCCUGGACCCCAACCUCCAGGCCACACUUUGAGGGCCCAGCAGUCCCUGUCACCCCGGACAGCAGAAAUGCCGGCAGCAGCGACGUUCUCUCCUCCUCUCCCCUCUCUUCUUCCAGAGCACUGGCUCUCCGGCCCAAGAGAACAGGAGGGGGAGGAGGAGGUGAAGGAAGAGGGCAGGUUCUUGGUGCUGCACCUUCGAGAACUUCCUAGGAAGGACUGGUGGGGUGGAGUUUGGAAAUAUGUGUCCCCUAGAUAACAUUCACUGGCCUCCUCUCAUGACUUUGGGGAAAAGAGGAUUCUGGGUCUUUUUCCUUGAUUUCUUGUCUCAAUUAGAAACUCCUAGGCUUUCUGGGGAGGGGUUCAGAAGACAUCAGGAAAACCUGCAGCAGUUCCUACAUGAUUCUCGUGAACAGCUCUGAGAGAGACAGCCCUGUGGGGGGAAACCUGAGGGAGGUGGAAGCCCCCCGGAAUUUCUUGCAGACCCUUCUGACUUCUGUCACCACUGCCAAUAACUCUUCCCCCCAGAGAUCUGGCUGGAGCCCAGAAAAAGAAGCAUGUGGUUUAAAAAAAUGUUUAAAUCAAUCUGUAAACGGUAUUUAAAAAAACAAAAACGAAAAAAAGGAAAGAUGAAGCUGGAGAGAGAGAAAACAGUUGCCAAGGUAGAGAGAGCGCUUGCCCACCCCUGGAUGACGUAAGGGAUGAUGACAAGACAAUUGCCUAUCUCAGAAGUAGCCACGCCACAAAAAUAACAUUCCAGCCUUCAGAGAAAGACUGCUGGUCCUGUCUUACAGCCUCUAAUUUAACAUGCAUGACAGUCAAUAAACCCUACUUUUUUUAUUUUUUAUUUUCGCUUUUUGUUUUGUUUCUUUUUCCCCCCCUCCCUGGUGCCUAUUUAUUUUCCUUUUCUUUCUUUCUUUUUUCCUCCCCAUUUCCUCUCACGUCCACCAAAUGCUUGGAUUGCUUUUCCUGGGCCUAGUUUGGCUUUGCCAAGCGGGUUUUCUCUGGAGAAUCUGACUGCCAUCUAACUGGCCCUAGCUAGAUACCCGCCACACCACCACUAUCGCUGGCAUCCUUGAGACUUGUAUGAGACAUGAAGCAUCAGCUCAGACAGAAGUAGUAGAAGAACCUCAACUUCCCUUUUGAGAAAGCACACAUUUUGCCUGAAUGCUCAACUGCCAGCCUCUAACUUAAAAGUGUAUCACCCCAUAUGGAUAGAAGAUCUACCCUGAGCUUCUCACUGGACUGGGAUGAAAACCAGGACACCAGAACUCCUGCUUUGUCUUGUGGCCUGUAUGGCCCCUCGCUGCCCCAUUCUGAUGGCAGCCACUCUGCUCAACUGAAUCCAAAAUCCCUAGCUGGCCUUUACUAUUUGUUUCUGACAAGUGAAUAUUCACUUUUAAGAGACUGGACAUCUGUAUGACAUACUCCCAAUCAGAAUAUAAGGCUCAAGGAGUUUGAUUUGGUGGCAAAGCUCUGCCUUCCAAAGGGAUCACUUUUAGCAGAGGUUGCCCCAGAGGUCUGGCAGUCUGUAUGCCUUCAUUCAACAAACACUUAUUGAGUACCCAUUGUCUGUCACUACGUUUUUAAAAAAAUGAUGAGACUUGAGCCCUUAUGUUCACAAUCUAGUAGGAAAUCUUAACCUCCAUUCAGUGCACAUCUUCUUAUCUAGACCCUCAGGAUCAUCUAAGAACUGUAGCCAAAACCCAAGUUGCCAUCUAGGAAGAAGCCUUUGACUAGGUGUCCAGUACACGGGGGGCAGAAGAUCUUGAUCGGUUAAGAUGAACCCUGAAGGACUGCAGAAUCUUGCUUUAUCUCAAGUGGGCAAGCUCUCUUCCUGCCAUUCCGGGAAGACCCCGUGGGACCAGAUCUAGGACGAGCUGCCUGGUGAGGAUGAAGU